AUGAUCAUGCUGUACGUUAUCCUGUCUGAAGAAACAAGUCAAGCUACACGGCCUUCGUCUCAGCUAUUCCGCGAGAGCUUCAAUGCCCGAGAACAAGCACGCCAUAUAGCAUCGCUUCCACAUGUCGGAGACCUGCAACCAGUCAAAAGACCCUCGAAGUUGAGUUGUUGUACAGUAUGGGGCCGGGGCAAGGUCUACCCUAAGCGCGAAGGAUUCAGGCAAGCCAUCUGCGCUGGUCAUAUAUUUCCUGCACCUCGCAGACUCCAGAGCAACUGCACGCAAUCCGCUGGCGGCCCCGUGGGCCCCAUUCACCGAUGUCCGUCACACAAGCGAGGACCGCAUCUCCUGCUACAGUUAGGCAACAUCUUACCCGACAGUUCUAACUCUACCGUGCCACGGCGCUGCAUGUCUUUCCUCACCGAUCGCGAGCAAGGCCCACGCUACUCGCAAACCCGGCACUACGGCAGCUGGAAAAGUUUCCAGCGCUCGUGA